AUGGCGUCGUCGUCCUCCUCGCCACACGACCGCAGCAGACCGAGUGAGGAUGAGGAGGACCCGGUCGACCAGAUGAUCUCCAGGACGGGAUGCGCGGAGCUCCAUUACGCUGUGCAGGAGUGUAUGGCAGAGCGCCAGGACUGGCGGAAGUGCCAGCCCCAGGUGCAGGCCUUUAAGGAGUGCAUGUUGACAUUCCAGAGAGCAAGGAAGGAGCAACUCGCCAAGCAGAAACCAGCACAGGUCAAUUAG